ACAUAUUUGUUAUACUUCAAAAGUGACACUGAACUUUAUUAAAAUAUUAAGUUAAAAGUAGUUGUAGGUAAUGAAUGUUUAGGUAUUUGAUGGAAAAUACGUUAUACUAUAAUUUAUACAUACGAGUCGAUUUUGCUGGUCACUCAACCAAAGUGCGAUGACGUAGGCGUAAUAGACAUAUACGUAAACCUUUGUGUAAACUGUAAACCACAGGUGUGAACUGCUGUUGUGCGUGUAUUUUGAACGACGAUUAUUAAUGUAUCAUAAAUUUUAAAAUUUAACUGAAAUAAAUAAAAAUGACAAAAACAGUGAAGAAAUCAAAAUACACUGAACCUUCUGCAUUUGGUAAAUUUUAUUUAAUAGCAUAUAACGGAAUCCAAAGUUUAGGAUGGUCAUAUUUAUUAUGGCAGACGAUUGUUCACUUUUUAAAUCGAGGGUCAUUAGAUACAUACUGGAAUGAAAUAAAAUGGACAGUAUAUAUAUUUCAAAAUGCCGCAGUUUUAGAGAUACUCCACGCAGCAAUAGGACUGGUACCUUCAGGAGUAUUUAUUGUCCUCAUGCAAGUAUUCUCGAGGGUGUUCCUAGUAUGUGGAUCACUAUUGGUUGCCCAUGGGCCGACUGUUAGUCCUGGACUUCCGUUAUGUAUCGUCGCCUGGGCAGUCACAGAGAUAAUACGUUAUGCGUAUUAUGCACUGAAUCUUUUGAAGUGUGUGCCACAGCCAUUGAAGUUCUUACGGUACUCAACAUUCCUGGUACUGUAUCCCGUAGGGAUAACUGGCGAGCUUUUAUGCCUGUAUUAUACACUGGAUGAUGUCAUAGAACACAAUCUUUUCACAAUAUCAAUGCCGAAUUCUUGGAAUUUCAUAUUUAAUUAUUACUAUUUCCUUAUUUUCUAUAUGUUCCUGUAUAUCCCUCUGUUCCCUGUGCUGUUUGGUCAUAUGUUAAAACAGAGGAACAAGAUGUUGUUCGACGAGAAGAAAUCGAAAUAAAAAUAUAAAUUGCGCUUAUAUAAAGAUUUUGGGUUUAGUUUAAAAGGCAAUUACAAUGUAUUAAGGUAUAUUUUAUAAUAAAUAUUACUUAUGGCAUUACAUAAAUGAUAACGCAUUGUAAAAUUCAUCCAAUAAAGACGACAUUUCAAUUUGAAUAUAAACACUGUGAAGUGUCAACUGUCUUUAAUCUUUUAAAACAAGUUUGAAGUAACACCUAAAUAUUACAAGACACGAAUACUAUAACAAAAAAAAAAACCUUAAAUCAAGAUUUUAUUUUCUAC